AUGUUCAAAUCCAAUGGAGGUUACCCUGGAUUGACUGUCUUUGUAGAACUCUAUAUGCAUUAUGCGUGCAUGCUUGUGUGUGCUGGCUUCGAGUUUGAUGGCAGGCACGUUAAAGUGGAACUCGUCCGACCGCCCUUUGGCGUAACGGGGAGCCUCAGAUGGAUUAUUACCCCACAGGUGGAUGGCAUGAUAGAAACUGGUUUGCCGAGGUUGGUGCCCUUGCCAGGAGGAUGCGUUGAAGUUUGGCUUGAACCCGCCUCCAGCACUCUUCACAAGGCCCUGUCUGUCCUUCUAAUGAUGCUCCGCAGUCGGUAUGGCCUGUUUCCAUUUGAAGGCCAUUCCCUUGUUAAAUGGACGUCGAAAGGGGUCCUGCGGAAGCGACCCACCUUCUGGCCGCCUUGCUCGACGAUAAAAGCUGUUAACUCGAUGCGACUGUGUGUCUUCUUCGUCAAAGUCACUGGUCACAUGCAAGUGUCCGGAAUCGUUCCAACCUGGCUGCCCUUUUCCUUCGGCCGGCAAAAAAGCAGCUACCAGAUGCCCAGGUACAAUCUGGCCUGCACUGUUGUUCUCGUUACACUUUUCGCUUGCCUCUUGCGAAUCCACAUUUUGCCCGGCCUCACUGAAGAUGCAGGAGCCAACUCCUCUUCCGACUGCAAUGCCAGCAGCCUGACGAACAAUGAUCGCCUUGAAGGCUCCAGCCCCGAUGAUCAAAUGGACUCGGCUUGCCCUCAUCUACGCAUCAUGAUUGUACUCAUCUUCACACUUUUCAGUUGCCUCCUAGUUCUCCUCGGCUAUCUACAGUCAUCUGCAUUGGAGCGGUUGCCACUACUGCCGGCAAGAUCGUCGACCUCUUUACCAGGCCGUAAGGACACUACUCGACUCCUCUUCAGGCCCGGCCUGCCAACGUUUCACGCUUAUCUCCAGCCGAUCAACCGUAAACACCCGCAUUCGCAGAAGCAACAGCUACAUUAUCAUCAACAGCAGCAUAGGCAGGCUGGUAUGUUUUCAGCGAGGCAUAUUUGGCUUCGGGUCCGUUUCCCAUUAACGGCCUGUCUUGCCGACUGUUAUCCCAUACACCUUGCCUGUCUUUUUGUGCCAUUUCGGGCCGGCAGACAUACCGCCUACAAUGUGGACGCCGAGCUCUGGCCAACUGAAUCCGAUUCCGUGGGUCGUCCUCUGCCCUUGACCUCCUCCUCGACUGGCUCCGGUCCUGGUCCCGGCCCUGGCGACAGUGGAGCAGAGGCCAGUCCGACUGCAGGCACGAGUCCUGUGACGGCUUUGGCUUUGAUCUUGUUACUAACGCUGCUUCUGCUGGUCAACGACUAUUGUGCUCGGCUGUUUAGUCUACGACCCAUCCUGUAUGCAGACGCACAGGCGAUAUCUAUCAACGAGGAUGAAUACGACUCCGAUCAUCCCCAGCUUGGACUCCGCCUGGCUCAGCUACAGUUAACUAGAACUGAACUCCGUCGUCAGGCUUUGCAGCCACGUUACAAAGAAUCUUCUUCACAGUCUUCAGAUUCACCUUUUGCUUCCUUUCCCUCGUUCUCCUUCUUCGCUUCCUCCUCCUCUUCCUCCACAUUCGCCUCCAAACCCCCUUCCUCUUCUUCGUUCCUUCCGCUUCCUUCUUCUUCCUCGCAAUUUACUCCAAUUUCGCCCUCUUCCUCCACUCCCUUCCCCAACUCUGCUCACACGCUCUCGCACACGGGUCUUCCUCUCCUUCCUCCGCUUCCCGCCUCCUCUCCGUGUCCCUCCUUUUCACAGCAGCCCACCCUUGUACCUUCGGCUUAUGACGAGGCCUCCCAAAUCCCUGUAAUUGAAGCCGAUCAGAAAAAGCGUCCAUUUGUUACCCCACUGCAUCAGAACCUUCCCUGUCUGCAUAGAUUCCGUGACAACCUCGAAACAAGCGCUCUGCUCGCCGAUAUUGUCGUGAUCGGCUGGCCAGAACGAUUCUUCCAGCUGCGCAAUGGACCGUUAUAUAAUGUCAGUUUUUUUGUCGAGUCGGUUCUAAAGCGUGCUGAACCCAGCAUCUUUCCAGUGCGCAAUGACUUCCCAAUACGCACAGGCCCGUUUAGUCGGUUUCCUGACAAGAACAGGUGUUGGACCGAUGUGCAUUUGCGGCGUCGGUAUAUCCUAUUUGUUGAGCGGCCAGAUUGGGCGGGUUACUGUCGCAUCAUGCAGCUUCCAGUCGAGUACACGGAGGCCAAGAUGCGGCAAGUGCGGAGUAUCCUGCGCAUGGGCUGUAAGUCUUAA